AUGACAGGAGGGCAUAAAAAUUCUUCACACAAUGGUGAAUUAAGAAAUCGAAAAGAGAAAUCAAAUCUUAUACCACAAAAUGGAGCUGACAUAGCUGAAAACAAUAUAAGUAAAUGCAAAACUAGUAAUGCAAGGACUAUAGGAUUAGUGUUUAUAUCAUUACUCCUAGAUUUACUUGCUUUCACUAUGAUUCUACCACUUUUACCUUCAUUGCUUGACUACUACAAUAGAGAAGAAGGCAAUUCCAACACUCUAUACACUUCUUUACUCCAUGCAGUUCAUAGUUUUCAAAAGUUAACUGGAGUUCCGGAGAGAUUUUCGUCAGUAUUAUUUGGGGGUGCUCUAGGAUCAAUGUAUAGUUUUUUGCAGUUUCUAACAAGCCCCAUAGUGGGGAGUCUCUCUGAUGCUUAUGGUAGAAAACCUAUGCUCUUAAUUUGUCUUAUUGGCAUAGCAUUAUCUCAUGCAUUAUGGAGCUGUGCGAGCACAUUCAGCCUAUUUGUGCUGGCUAGAUUCAUUGGAGGUUUGAGUAAAGCCAAUGUAAGCCUCAGUAUGGCAGUAGUCACCGAUGCUACAGAUGAGAAAACUAGAGCCAGGGGAAUGGCAUUGGUGGGUUUAGCAUUUUCAAUAGGUUUCAUAGUUGGUCCUUUGGCUGGUGCAUGGUUUGCUAAGAGUAAUAUGACAUCCGGUUUAUGGGGUGAGAAACCGGCCUUGUACGCGCUAGCACUUUCAUUAGUAAACAUUACUCUUGUAACAAUGUUUAUACCUGAGACACUACCAAAAGAGAAAAGAUCACCUCUGUCUCUAUCACUAUCGAAGGCCUAUGACUUUGUGUCACCAUAUCACUUAUUAAAGUUUACUGCUGUCAAGAAUCUGAACAAUCAACAGAACAAAGUAUUAUCGAAGCUGGGACUGAUCUAUUUUAUUUAUCUAUUUAUUUAUUCCGGUCUAGAAUUUACGAUAACUUUUCUAACACAUCAUACAUUUAAAUACACCGCGAUGCAACAAGGAAAGAUGUUCUUAGUAAUUGGUGUGAUAAUGGCGUUGCUACAAGGAGGCGCGGCUCGUAGGUUGAAUGCUCGUGGCGCUGUGAAGGCCGCGCGUGUCGCUUUGUUGUUGACGCCGCUCUCCUUCCUGUGCGUCGCGUCAGCGGCUGUGACGUCACCACCCGUUUUCGCGCCAAUAGCAUGGCUGUGGGCUGGACUCGUGCUGUUUGCGAUUUCGACCGCGUUUGCAGUAUCUUGUAUGACAGCAAUGGCAUCAGCUCAGUCGCCUUCUGAAGCUCGAGGCGCUGUGCUUGGAACUUUACGAUCACUUGGAGCGUUAGCGAGAGCCGCCGGGCCACUUCUUGCAUCUACAAUGUAUUGGUACUCUGGAGCCGCGACAACAUAUACAAUUGGAUCUAUCAUUCUAGUGUUGCCGGCUGUGAUGUUAAUUAGACUGAAGAUAUGA